ACGCGCACUACUGUCGCGAUUGCAAGGGAUGGUGGAGAUGCACGAGACACUGGCGCUACUAGAAGAUCCCGCCAAUUUCAAUGAAAGCGCUCAGCCAAUCAAAACUCUCGUGGGUUUGUGGCAGAAACGUUUGCCGAGCUCUGCCGAUCACAGCGCAGCUGUCUGGGACGAUCUGGUCGACAGUCGCCUGACAUACAUGAACGACGUUGUGGCGCGCUACCAGGAAGAGGCGAGUGGACAAUUAACCAGGAAUGCCGACCAGAUCACGCUUUCCGAGGACGCGUUCUACGAUCUACAAUCGUACCAAGCAGAGGCACACGUACAGAGUCUUAUCGAUACAGCGCACGCAGCCGCCGCCCAGAACAACAGUGCCGUGUGCUUUAAGUACAUUUACCUGUCUCAAACAAACAUCAAAGAGGACCAGGACUUAGCCCAGGACUCGCGUGUCCUAAAUCCAGCUCAGGUGGAGCGAUUGGAGUUCAAUCUGUACCACGUGGCCAUGACGUCGGCCCUGUCCCGUUUGCAGACAAGAGGACUACCCACACAGCUGUUCAACAUUCUGCCCCAGCACUACCACCGCAGGCAAAAAGUGUAUGUGGCACCUAGAUGGUCUAUACCAGUGCGAACAAAUGUGUCUACAUGUAUUAUGUAG